AUUGCUUCCAAUGUGCACGUAUAAAACAUUGCAUGGUGUCAUAUCGGUGACUCUUUCAGGUGCUUGUGCAACAGGAAGAUUGUGUAGUAAAACUCGAGAAAACAUCAACUAGCAUUUCUGUCAACAUGAGAUAGAACAAGCACUUCCCUUAAGUCUGUAGACAACUUAUAAACGGAGAAACAGCAAUAUUCAAUAGCCAUUCAGUCAAUCAAAAUCAUGCACACUUAUUGAAUUUGGAUGGAAUUGGCUUAUUUGUAUUUGUGUGAGUUUGGUGUGAGUGGUUGUUUGUCUGUAUGUGCCCUGUGAUUGGCUGGCCACCAGUCCAGGGUGUACCCCGCCUCUCGCCCGAAGACAGCUGGGAUAGGCUCCAGCACGCGUGACCCACGUGAGGAUAAGAGGUAGAAAAUGAAUGAAUGAAUGGCUUAUUUGUUGCUAAUAUUUGAUCUCUCAGGAUGAAUCUGGGGUUGACAGAAUAUGCGAAGUGGGGAACCGUUUUCGUUGUAAAUGUCUGAUAACAUAUUAUUCAACAAUGCAACAAAUGUUUACCGUCCAACAGCUCUACAAGGUACCUACUUCCACCAAACACGGUGCAACCUCGGUUUUUAUGAUGACGUCAUUGCGUGCUUGAACACCUCAUUACGUGGACGGGGCCAUGAACAGCUCUCCAUCAGGAAGCCAGGAGUCAGACACAGACCUACACAUUAAUUAUUGAUAAUGCAAUCAUCCCUAGUUUAUGGUGUUAAUUGGCUCCAGACCGACCGUGAUGAGUGAAUUCCACAAAGUAGACAGAGUAGACAGAGCGUGACCUCAGGGGUUCAAAGUUGAGUUCCAGCUGUUGUUCCAGCCAUCAAGUCUGGUGCUUGUGUGUCUCAGCCAACAUUACAGGAACACUACUGAUACCUAGUGACGAGUGAAGACUACAACAAAUCAUCAACACCUUUGAAUGCGUCUUCUUAAUGCCAUUUUAAUGCAUGAAAAUGCUACAUUUAGGCCAAAAAUAUGUAAGAUUAGCUGAAAUAUACAUACAUUUUGACAAAUAUUGUGGCGAGGGACGACUAUAAUUCCCUAACCAGAAUCUGUCUGUUUUGUCCCAACUCUAAGGGAAAUGAAUGCUUUGUUUAGGCACUCGAUUACAAGUUAGGACUAGGACUGGUUUGUUAGGCAAAAUGUUUGGCCAUGCGAUAGCGGAAUCAAACCGAGGUUCCACUGUAUGUAAUGCAAAUGAAUCAAACUGAUUGGUUUACAUCCGAUAAUGCAUCACUGUUGUACUGCCAAUGUUUGCCUUAAAAGCUUUAACGUAUUGUAGCAAGAUCAUCGCACUUAGUGGUGAUUGGGUAGAAUUCUUCUCGACAGGUUUCUGUUUUCUUGCAUGCUGCUGUCUGUGAUAACCAUCAUCAUCAUCAUCAUCAUCGUCAAUGUGGGAUGUGAUUCAUGUUAAUUCAUGCAUGUGUCCGAAUGCUAACGUGUGCUACUAACUACCUCCUGCCGUAGAUUUGUGAUUUAGCUGAGAGGGCGAGAGAGAGAGUGACGAUUGGACUUAAUUUCACCUUUUGAGAAUGGCUGCGAUAAACCGGCCUCCGAAAGUUCAAAGACUCGGAUCCAUCUAUGAGCCUCUCAAGCUGUCCAUUCUCCAGCGGGAGGAUGAGCCCUUGUGGGAGAAACUGGACCGGUACUACAAUGCCGUCAAGGCCACCAUCCUCAACUACCAGAGUCCCACCACCGGCCUCUUCCCGGUCAAGACCUGCUCCACGUGCAAAGAGGCCAGGGUGCGGGACUCCCUGUACUGUGCGGCGGGAGCUUGGGCGCUGGCCAUGGCCUACCGACGCAUCGAUGACGACAUGGGGCGGACCCACGAACUGGAGCACUCCGCCAUCAAGUGUAUGCGAGGCAUCCUCUACUGCUACAUGAGGCAGGCCCAUAAGGUUGAAGAGUUCAAACAGGACCCGAGCCCCUCCAAGUGUCUCCACUCCAUGUUCAACGUGGACACGGGCGAUGAGAUCCACACCUACAGCGAGUACCACCACCUGCAGAUCGAUGCCGUGUCCCUCUUCCUGCUCUACCUGGUGGAGAUGAUAUGCGCCGGCCUGCAGAUCAUCUACAACACAGACGAGGUGGCGUUCAUCCAGAACCUGGUGUUCUGUGUGGAACGGGCCUACAGAGUACCCGACUACGGCAUGUGGGAACGAGGCAGCAAGUACAACAACGGCAGCACCGAGCUGCAUUCCAGCUCGGUAGGUUUGGCCAAAGCUGCUCUGGAGGCCAUCAAUGGAUUUAACCUGUUUGGAAACCAGGGCUGCUCCUGGUCGGUGAUCUUUGUGGACCUGGACGCCCACAACAGAAACAGACAAACGCUUUGCUCCCUGCUGCCCCGAGAGUCCCGCUCCCACAACACGGACGCGGCCUUGCUCCCGACCAUCAGCUACCCCGCCUUUGCGGUGGACGACGACGCCCUCUACAGUCAGACGCUGGAUAAAAUCAUCCGCAAGCUGCGGGGCAAGUACGGCUUCAAGCGCUUCCUCCGCGACGGCUACCGCACCUCCAACGAAGACGAGAACCGCCGCUACUACAAACCCGCGGAAAUGAAGCUUUUUGAUGGGAUCGAGUGCGAGUUUCCCAUAUUUUUCAUCUUCAUGAUGAUUGACGGUGUGUUCAGGGGCAACCAGGCUCAGGUGAAAGAGUACCAGGAGCUCCUUGAACCCAUCAUCUUCCAGUCUUUUGAGGGCUACGCCGUCGUUCCCAAGUACUACUACGUGCCCGCGGACUUUGUGGAAGCGGAGCAAAGCAAGCACGGGAGCCAGAAGCGUUUCCCGAGCAACUCGGGACGCGACGGCAAGAUCUUCCUGUGGGGCCAAGCCCUCUACAGCAUCGCCAAGCUGCUAGUGGACGAGCUGAUCAGCCCCAAAGACAUCGACCCCAUCCAUCGCUACGUCCCCCGCCAGGACCAACGCAACGUCAGCAUGAGAUAUUCCAACCAGGGGCCCAUCGAGAACGAUGUGGUGGUCCACGUAGCGCUGAUCGCCGAGAGCCAGAGAUUACAGGUGUUUCUGAACACGUACGGCAUUCAGACCCAAACGCCCCAGCAGGUGGAGCCCAUUCAGAUCUGGCCUCAGAAGGAACUCGUGAAGGCGUACCGCUUCCUGGCCGUCAAUAAGAAGCUGGGCCUGAGUGGGCGUCCGGAUCGACCCGUGGGCUGCAUCGGGACCUCCAAGAUUUAUCGCAUCCUCGGCAAGACGGUGGUGUGCUACCCGAUCGUCUUUGAUCUCAGCGACUUUUACCUGUCCCAGGAUGUGAUGCUGCUGAUUGAUGACAUCAAGAACGCCCUGCAGUUCAUCAAGCAGUGCUGGAAGAUGCAGGGACGCCCCCUCUUCCUGGUCCUCAUCCACGAGGACAACAUCAAGGGAAGCCGCUUCAAUCCAGUCCUGGACAUGCUGGCAUCCUUCAAAAAGGGCCACAUCGGGGGGGUGAAAGUUCAUGUGGACAGACUUCAGACGCUGAUAUCUGGAGCCGUGGUGGAGCAGUUGGAUUUCCUGCGCGUCAACGAGGCCGAGAUCCCGGAGUUCAAGAGCUUCGAGGAACUGGAGAUGCCCAAACACUCCAAAGUCAAGAGACAGACGAGCACGCCCAACGCCUCCGACCUGGAGCAGCAGCCCGAGAUCAGCCUGGACGAGUGGCUGCACAAGCCCACCGAUGAGAUCCUCCAGAAGUUCCAUGACUGCGACUGCUUAGCCAGCCAGGCUCAGCUCGCCGGAAUCCUGCUCAGGAGGGAAGGAGCGCACUUCCUGAACAAAGACGAGAGCCUGACGGACGAGCUGGAGAGGAUCUACAGGAGAGCUGGCAGCAGGAAGCUUUGGUCCGUUGUCCGUCUUGCUGCCAGUCUGUUAACUAAGCUAGUGGACAGCCUUGCCCCCAGUAUUACUAGUGUUUUAGUGCAUGGCAAGCAGGUGACGCUGGGCGUGUUCGGCCACGAGGAGGAAGUCAUCUCCAACCCGCUGUCACCGGGCGUCAUCCAGGGCAUCAUCUACAGCAAGUGCUGCCCACCGGGGGGCGAGCGCGAGGCCGUCCUGCAGCAGGAGCUGGUCAUCCACAUCGGGUGGAUCAUCUCCAACAGCCCCGAGCUCUUCAGCGGCAUGCUCAAGAUCAGAGUGGGGUGGAUCGUGCAGGCCAUGAAGCAGGAGCUGAAGAUCCGAGCGGGAGACAUGCCCCCCCAGGACAUCUACCAGCUGUCCCCCAGCGACAUCAAGCAGCUCCUGCUGGACGUCCUGCAACCUGAGCACACCGGCAGGUCCUGGCUCCACCGCCGCCAGAUUGACGGCUCCCUGAACAGAACCCCGCUGGGCUUUUACGACCGGGUCUGGCAGAUCCUGGAGAGGACACCUGACGGGAUUCUAGUGGCCGGGACGCACCUUCCACAGCAACCUACGCUGUCCGACAUGACCAUGUACGAGAUGAACUUCUCCCUGCUGGUGGAGGACACGCUGAAGAGCAUCGUCCUACCUGAGUACAGACAGGUCAUUGUGGAGCUGCUGAUGGUGGUCUCCAUCGUGCUGGAGAGGAACCCAGAACUGGAGUUCAGCAACAAGGUGGACCUGGACGGCCUGGUGAAGGAAGCCUUUGCCGACUUCCAGAGAGACGGCAACCGCUUGGAAAGCCAGGACAAGCAGGCCUUCUACAACACCGCCCCUGUGGGGCAGAGGGGCACCUCCAGCUACCUGACCAAGGCCGUCAUGAUCCAGCUGCUGCAGGGGGACGUCAAGCCCUGCAAGGACGACCCGUGUUCCGUCAGCUAGGAGGACAUCACCUCCGUCCGUCCGCCACCCACGCCGUUAACACUCAUUGUCCUCUAGAUUAGCACGAUAGCGCUAAUCCGGCCCAAGAUUUAAAGCAAAACUGUUAGCAACCCAUGGUUGAUGGAAAGCUACGUAGAAGCUAGCCUGUUGCUAAAUGCUAACAGCCAUAUUGAUGAGUCCGCCAUUUUGUUUCUUCUCUGUUGUUUGUGGCAAAAAAUGGAGCUGGUUAGCCUAGCAUAGCAUAAAGAAGAAAAACUCUUACCUCUUUAAAAUAAGUUUUCAAUGAUAUUCAAGCUGCUAGCAGCUAGUCGGUGGUUUUAUUUGGAGUUCUUUAUUCUCUUGCCACUCGGCGGCCAUAUUGGAAAGAUUUUGGUCGAGCUUCUUAAGAUUUGAUUAUGGCUCAAAAUAAUGUUAAAAUUCUUUUUGUGCCACACUUGUGGACAUUUUUUUUGUGAAUUAGCUUCUCCCAACUAACCAUUUUUUUCUGUUUUUUGCUGCUACUGUUUUUCAAAGAACGGUGAGACAAAAUAAUUUUUGGUGGAAACAGAAGCUAAAUGCUAGCAGUAGUGAAGCCAUUUUGUUUGUCUGUCGUCAUGCAUGUAGCUGAUGACGCUAGUUAUUUUGCCUUAUUAUUAAGAAAAGAAACAAUCUAUCUCUGAACAUGAAGACUGCUAGCAGAUUUUCCGUUUUUUUUUUUUUUUGGUUAUAAUUUAUCAUCUUGCUGUGCGGCAGCCAUCUUGUAAAGGUUUGUUGAUUAUGGCCCAUAAUAACACUCUGAAUUAGCUCCUCCACUCUGCAAUUUUACCCACCGUUUAUACAAUCAGCGUAUCUUUUCCAAUUUUUUUGUUUCAGCGAGCUACUAUAGCAUAUGAGACUUGUUAUGAGCCCCAUUUUGUCACGCUAGCUGUUAGCCUGUGGUAUGCUAACAUCAUGACCGACUCAUAGUGGUACCUUUGGCGCCGCUUUCUGCGAUUGCGCUAAUCCUGUCAGGAUUUAACAUUAGCAACAACAAGCUAAAUGCUAGCAGUCGUUAACAGCACUUUAUUCCUUGCCUGUAGUCGUUGAUGACGCUAAUUAGCCUAGCUUAGCAUAAAUAAAGGAAUCUAUCUUUCAGCACUUAAUUGAAUACUUACAGAAUACACCGUAUUCUGUUACCACUCGGCAGCCAUCUUGGAAAGGUGGACGAGCAUCUAAAGAUGAGUCGACUAUGGCUUAAAAAUAAUGUUUAAUUGCCUUUUCUACUAUAAUUGUUGACCUAAAUUAGCUUCUCCCACCCAGCAUUUGACUGCUUCUUGUUUCCUCAUGCUUCAGCUGCACUUAUGGUGGACAAAACAGCAUAAUUAUCCAUUUAGAGACGUUUCUGUGUCUGCGUUCCUGCUGAAUGUUGUUUGCAUGCACAUUAUGGUGCCGUUUGCCAGUAGAACAAACUGGUUUUGUGUCCAGUCGGGAGUUAUUUUGCUGAAUGGUGGAAACUGAAGUAAAACCGGUGUCGAGAUGACAUAGAAAUGAUUAAAAACUUAUUUAAAAGUGUGUUAGAGUGAUGUCUGUUAACAAUCCGCAUCGUAUGCCCUUGCUAGCUCGUUACACCGAGCAACUGUCGUCAAGAUAAAUGAGCUCUGACAAACUUUUUUUUAAAGAUGGUAAUCGAAGGCUGAGACGAAGCUCGAUAAGACUUCGCCUGGACUGGAGGGAAUUUUUCAUCAACGCUUUAAUUGACUUUUCAUUUCUCUCUAAUUGUCUGCGCACCUUGAAAGCAAAGAUAAUGUUAUUUUAGGGUGAAGACGCCUCCCGGCAAAGCAGCGGGGAUCCAUACAAGCGAACGCCAUUGAGGACACCGAAGAAGUAACCAGCACGGAUGGAUCCAAUGAACGAUGCUGCCCUUGCGUUUCACGACACUUGGCGUCGUAACUCCACAUCAGGCAGCAGCUGCUCCAAGGUGACACACACACUGAUCACCAUGUCCUGAUUGGGAUGGACGGGGGACACAUUUGGCGAUGUCAUGAAUCACAGUCCAGCCUGCAGACAAUAAAAGGGGACCACAGCUGCUGAAACUGCUCUCAAUUAAGAAAGUGUCACGUUGUCCCCCGCCGUAACUCCGCCGUAAGUUGUCAUGGCAACCUUGAGGGUAGCGGUCACU